CCAAAAUCCCUAGAACAAGCCCUUCUUUCUUCCUCCUUCUCAAUCCCAAUCUCUCUCUCCCUCCUCCAUUUUCUCUCUCUUCUUCGCCUGCAUUUUCCUCAGAUCUCAGUUGGACGCUUCUCCAAAACCCUCUUUCAAUUCUCGACUGAGAACAACAGAGAUUUUGAGAGAGUGGUUAGCCAAAGAGAGCUCGAUCCGUAGUGUGGCAUUUGGUUUCUCAUAUGCCUCAUGUGAGAUGAAGAGGAAGGUCUAUUUCCCUCUUCUCAUUGCCUUCUUCUUAGGCAUACUCUCUCUCGCCGUCACUGCCGAUGUCCCCAUUACCAGCCAUGGAGCCCUCACCGACGCCGAAGCCUUGUACAUCAGGCAACGUCAGCUUCUUUACUACAGAGACGAGUUCGGCGACAGAGGAGAACAUGUUACCGUCGACCCUUCCCUGGUCUUCGAGAACAAUCGCAUUAGAAAUGCUUAUAUAGCUUUACGAGCUUGGAAGCAAGCGAUUCUUUCGGAUCCGAAUAAUUGCACGCUCAAUUGGGUUGGACCAAAUGUGUGUAACUACAGUAAUGUUUUCUGUGCUUCGGCACUGGAUAACCCUAAGGUUCGUACUGUCGCUGGCAUUGAUCUCAACCACUGUGACAUUGCUGGGUACUUGCCGGAAGAGCUUGGAUUGCUCGCGGAUCUUGCUCUCCUCCACAUCAACUCCAACAGGUUUUGUGGUACUGUUCCUCACAAGUUUGAUAGACUGAAACUCCUGUUUGAACUGGAUCUCAGUAACAAUAGGUUCGCCGGGAAGUUCCCCACGGUGGUUCUGAGGCUUCCCGCGCUCAAGUUCUUGGAUCUGAGAUUUAAUGAAUUUGAAGGGACAGUGCCUAGGGAGCUUUUUGACAAGGAUCUGGAUGCGAUCUUUAUAAACAACAAUCGUUUUGUGUUCGAUCUUCCGGACAAUUUUGGGAACUCGCCGGUGUCGGUCAUCGUCGUUGCCAACAACAAGUUCCAUGGCUGUCUCCCUGCGAGCUUGGGCAACAUGACGAACCUGAACGAGAUCAUUCUGUUGAAUAAUGCCCUCCGUUCAUGCUUGCCUUCAGAGAUUGGGUUACUGAAGAACUUGACGGUGUUCGAUGUGAGCUUCAAUCAGCUCUUGGGUCCCUUGCCAGACACCAUUGGAGGCAUGGUGAGUCUUGAGCAGUUGAAUGUAGCUCACAAUUUGCUUUCUGGGAAAAUUCCAGGGAGCAUUUGUAUGCUGCCAAAUCUGCAGAACUUUACAUAUUCAUAUAACUUCUUCACUGGUGAGCCACCGUCGUGCCUCAGCUUGCCGUCGUUCGAUGAUCGGAGAAACUGUUUGCCGGCGAGGCCAUUACAGAGGUCACCCGAACAAUGUAAGUCAUUUUUGUCACGGCCUGUGGACUGUAACUCGUUUAAGUGUAAGCCAUUUGUUCCGUCACUUCCUCCACCCCCAAACCCUUCUCCUCCUAUUCCUGUACCUUCCCCACCACCUGUUGUCGUGCCUUCACCGCCUCCGUCACCGGUUUACGUUCCACACUCUCCGCCUCCACCUUCACCGCCACCUCCUGUGUAUUCACCCCCACCUCCGCCACCUCCUCCGCCGGUUUAUUCCCCACCUCCUCCACCACCAGUCUACUCUCCACCUCCUCCUCCACCUUCGCCACCCCCACCGCCACCUCCUCCACCUUCACCUCCCCCGCCGGUCUAUUCUCCGCCUCCACCCCCAUCUUCACCACCCCCUCCUUCACCACCUCCGCCAGUCUAUUAUCCACCCCCACCGUCUCCGCCGCCACCUUCUCCUCCACCACCUACUCCAUCGCCGCCGCCACCAUCACCUCCCCCUCCAUCUCCUCCACCACCUUCACCCACUCCAACUCCACCGUAUUGCGUCCGUUCUCCUCCCCCACCGCCACCAAAUUCACCGCCGCCACCUACUCCAGUAUUUUACCCACCUCCACCGACAUACACCUCGCCUCCGCCGCCUCAUCACUUGCCUCCACCACCACCUCACUAUCCCCCGCCUCCUCCACACUCACCUCCACCGCCUGUUUAUCCCUAUUUAUCACCGCCGCCGCCGCCUCCGGUACAUUCUCCUCCUCCCCCUGUCCAUUCACCUCCCCCACCAUCACCCCCGCCUUGUAUAGAGCCACCUCCACCUCCUCCACCACCUUGUGAAGAGCAUCCACCACCGCCACCAUCUCCCACACCUUAUUUGCCACCUCCAUCCCCCUCUCCCCCUCCACCACCAGCUCCGGUUCACUAUAGUUCCCCGCCGCCGCCGCCAGUUCAAUACAGUUCACCGCCGCCUCCUCCACCAGCAGUUCAUUACAGUUCUCCCCCACCGCCAGUAUACCAUUCUCCCCCGCUACCAUCACCACCUCCCUGUGAAACCCCACCUUCUCCGUCCCCACCUCCGCCAGUCACAUACGAAAACCCUCCACCUGCUCCUGUAUAUGAAGGGCCUUUGCCACCUGUCUUCGGAGUCUCUUACGCAUCUCCGCCUCCACCACCCUUCUAUUGAUUCUUUUGAGAGAUUUUCUCCUCUAUCCUUCCGUCCAUCAACAGCAAAAUUCAUACAUUGUCGGCCAAAUCUUUUAUACCCUCUUCCUGUACUUCAUCGACUUUGCUCUCUUUUACAAAGCGACCCUCGUCGCUGAUGGAGGAAAAAUAAACAAAGUGAGAAUGGUCUGUACACCGGUGAGUUAGUCAUAGUCAUCAGCAUUGUUCGUAUUUGGACAAUAGUCUGUCAUAAAAGGAUAUACACAGAGAAGAGGUCAGAGUAGCUAAGGACUGAGGUAUGAGGAGAAAGGCUCUCUAUAUUGAUUUGAAUUGUUAUGAGCGAGUUGUGAAAUAAAAAAAAAAUUGCAGAGAAAAAGAGUAGGUUGCAUAGGGAUGAAACGGAGACCAUAAUUUCAGGGCUGCAAAGACGGUAGCACUUUCUGCUGCUGCAUCUUGUUUGUGGGUUUAUUGUUAAUGUCUCUUAUAAUUAUACUUUUACUUUUGUUUCUUUUAUUUUUUUCGAAAUUAUAGUAUAAUUAUGAACAUUUUACUUGUAUUUGAUUCUCCGAAUUCAUAUCAUUCUCUUUUCUGAUC